GGUAACGUGACUCUCAUGAACGGGAAAUGGGAACCAAGGGAGCAUAAACCUCAGAACCUACAAACGCGUCUCCUCGUCUCCACUUUGUCCCGGUUCGUCCCGUCGGUACCGACCGGGACAGCUACAGAGACCGUCCUCAGGAGUCCUCAGAGGGGUCCAGGCGGCAGACAGUCAUGGGGUCCCUGUUUCGAAGCGAGGAGGUGUGCCUGGUGCAGCUCUUCCUCCAGUCUGGCUCGGCCUACAACUGUGUGAGCGAACUUGGAGAGCUGGGAUUGGUGGAGUUCAGAGACUUGAAUCCUAACGUGAAUGCCUUCCAGAGGAAGUUCGUCGGAGAAGUCAGGCGAUGCGAAGAGCUUGAGAAGACUUUUUCGUUCCUGGAGCAGGAGAUCAAUCGCUCCUUAAACCCACCCCUGAAGGGUCCGCUCCGUCCUCCGCACCCGGUGCCGUCGGCACCUCAGCCACGGGAACUCAUCACCAUAGAGGAGGAAUGCGAGAGGCUGGCGAGAGAGCUCAGGGAGGUGUCCAGGAACAGAGACAGCCUGCGGACUCAGCUCACCCAGCUCUGUCAGUACAAAGGAGUGCUGACCCAGACGCACUCGCUCACAGCUUCCCAGACUCCACCGCCUGUGCUGGAAGGCCACGGCCUGUUCGAUCAUCGCCAAGAUAUCCGCCUCAGUUUUGUUGCAGGAGUGGUCCAUCCCUGGAAGGUCCCCUCGUUCGAACGCUUGCUGUGGCGGGCGUGUCGCGGUUACAUCAUCGUGGAUUUUAGAGAAAUGGGGGACCGUCUGGAGCACCCGGACACGGGAGAAAUGGUGCAAUGGACCGUCUUCCUCAUCUCCUUCUGGGGAGAUCAGAUCGGACAGAAAGUGAAGAAGAUCUGCGAUUGCUUCCAUACGCAGACGUUUCCAUACCCUGAGAGCACCGCUGAGCGGGAGGAAAUUCUGCAGGGGCUUCAAGGCCGGAUUGAAGACAUCAAAUCAGUGUUGUCUCAGACCGAGGCCUUUCUGCAGCAGCUGCUGCUGCGAGCGGUGGCCAUCCUGCCUCAGUGGAAGGUCCGGGUCCAGAAGUGCAAGGCCAUCCAGCUGGUGCUGAACCUCUGCAGCCCCUCCGUAACUGACAAGUGCCUGAUUGCCGAGGCCUGGUGUCCCACCAACAAGCUGCCCGAGCUGCAGAGCGCCCUCAGAGAAGGAGGGAGGAAGAGUGGCAGUGGGGUGGACUCCUUCUACAACCGCCUGCCCUCCUCCACCCCUCCUCCCACCCUGUUUCCCAUCAACUCCUUCACAGCUGGUUUCCAGAAUAUCGUUGAUGCUUACGGUGUGGCCAGCUACCGGGAGGUCAAUCCAGCGGUGUACACCAUCAUUACAUUCCCCUUCCUGUUUGCUGUGAUGUUUGGGGACGUGGGUCACGGUUUGCUGAUGUCUUUGGCCGCCCUGUGGAUGGUGCUUGAGGAAAAAGACCCCAAGCUCAAAAAUAAUACCAAUGAGAUCUGGAGGAUGAUGUUUGGAGGACGUUAUCUGAUUCUGCUGAUGGGCCUCUUCUCCAUCUACACGGGAGCCGUCUACAACGAGUGUUUCAGCCGAGGCAUCAAAACCUUCAGCUCAGGGUGGCACGUCGGCCCCAUGUUUGAAAAGAACAUCUGGAACUCAUCGGUCCUGGAGGGGAACCAGUUCUUGUCCAUGGAUCCUAAUGUGACCGGGGUUUUUACCAGCCCCUAUCCAUUUGGGAUUGACCCGGUCUGGGGCAUGGCCAACAACAAACUGACCUUCCUGAACUCCUACAAGAUGAAGAUGUCGGUCAUCAUCGGCGUCAUUCACAUGACCUUUGGCGUCUGCUUAUCCUUCUUCAACUACCUGCACUUUGGGAAGAUCAGCAGCAUAUUCUUUGUGCUGAUCCCAGAGCUGUUCUUCAUGCUGUGCCUCUUUGGGUACCUCGUCUUCAUGGUGGUCUUCAAAUGGAUCGCCUACACUCCUGCUCAGUCCAGAAUCGCUCCCAGCAUACUCAUCCACUUCAUAGACAUGUUCCUCUUCACAGACAACCCAGAGAACCCCCAGCUGUUCACGGGUCAGCUUGUUGUCCAGAAGAUCCUGGUUGUGCUGGCCCUGUGUUCAGUCCCUGUCCUCCUGCUGGGGAAACCCCUGUGCGAAUAUGUCGCCUUCAAAUCAAGACGGCGGCGACAAAUAGACGAGGAAAGGCGGCCGUUGGUGCCCGACGAAGGCUCGGUCAACACCCGUCAGGGGGAGGUGGAGGGCGGUGCAACUGAAGAGGAGGAGUUCGAUGCUGCAGAUGUGUUCAUGCAUCAGGCCAUCCACACCAUCGAGUACUGCUUGGGCUGCAUCUCCAACACGGCCUCCUAUUUGCGGCUCUGGGCCCUGAGUUUAGCUCAUGCACAGCUGUCAGAGGUGCUGUGGGUCAUGGUCAUGCGUCUGGCCCUGAAGUGGGACGGCUACGUCGGAUCUGCUGUGCUCGCUGUGAUCUUCGCCUUCUUCGCCGUGUUGACCGUCUCCAUCCUCCUGGUUAUGGAGGGGCUCUCGGCUUUCCUGCACGCGCUCCGUCUGCACUGGGUGGAGUUUCAGAAUAAGUUCUACAGCGGAACAGGCUACAAACUCAGCCCGUUCUCCUUCACCUCGCUGAUCAACGCUUCAGCUGCUAUAUGAUGAGCCGAGCAAUUGCAAAUCAGUUAUAAUAACUAAAGUAUUUGUGUAUCUUAAUGGUAUUCUAUUGUCUGUAUGCCAUGAAAUGGUUAAAUUAACUUGCACAAUAAUCAUGAUGAAUAAUGCAGACUGUUAUUUUUACAUCAGUAGAAUAAAAAGUAUGCCCGCUUGCUUAAUUAUGGCACCGUUGUAUGAGAACAUACUUUUGUAUCCCCUUUGUAAUAUUUUUUAAAAAAGUGUUACACUGUGCACUCUAAUUGAUUUUUCAUGAGUUAGAAAUGUUAUACACAUUUUUACUGCAUGAACAUUAAUGAAAAACACAAAUUGUGAAAAGGGAAAGCACAUCUGCUAAUGGGGUCUGUUUGCUGUUUAAGGGAACUUGACAUUAUUGACUUGGUGAAUGUUGAACUUCUUGAAAGAUUGUUUAGUUCAGUUUCAAUAUUCAUAUUCAUAAGCCAAAGAUUCUUUCCCUCAUCAUGUCCCAACAUGUUUUUCUUACUGUGCCUUACUGGACCUGUUUAUUUAGCCGGUUUAGAUUGCUGCUGCUACUGCUGUUCUCAUGCCAAUACAGACGUUUCAAUUUGAUAUUUUGUCUUCUUUUUUUUGUCAUUUAACUGAAUACAUUUAAAUAAAUUGGAAAUUAAAUAAAGUUUGUUUUUUGAUUACUG